AUGAAUAACUCAACACUGAAUCACAACAUAACUGAAACAUUCACAGACUCUACAACUCCUUUUAUUGGGCUGAUGAACUCUCUGUAUUCCUGUUUUUCAAGCAUCAAUAUCCUGGUUGGUCUUCCUACACACAUCUGUGUUAUAUGGCUCAUCAUCACAAGAUCAGAAAGUGGAACGGCAUUAGAGUUUUUCACCCUUAAUUUCUCUGUUUGUGAGAUUAUUAUCUGCCUGAAUUGUUUCUUGGAUAUACUGACAAUAUGGUUUUCAAGUCUCGAGGAAAUUGUUUCUUUUUUACUAGGGCUACUCAUCACAGGUCGUCCUCUAUUUCAAUGUGUGAUCUGUGUCGAGCGUUACCUGGCUGUGGUUCAUCCUGUAACCUUUCUGAAGUUCAAACCUCUCAGAUAUAAAGUCAUCUGCUGCACUGCUGUCUGGAUCAUCAGCCUUGGAUCCUGUUUCUUGUGCAUGUUUUUGGUAGUUGUUUUAAAUGACAUGGUUGUGUAUACAUGGCUCUUAUCUGUCCAGUUCCUCUUCUUUCUCUCCAUUCAGAUGUUUUGUUGUUUAGCUGUUCUCAGAGCUCUGAAGCAGUCAGGACCAGGAGAGAGAGGGAGAGAGAGAGAGGAGGAAAACCACAUGAAGAGAAGAGCGUUUUAUAUCAUUCUCAUAACUUCUGUCAGCAUGUUUAUCACAUAUACUCCCUAUACUUUUGCAGGAUUCUAUUGCAUUAUGAUAGAUCACCUGUCCUUUAUCUGCACCGAGCUGGAAAACUUUUUUGUUCACGAUAAAACCUGA